AUGAAGUUCUUCUUCCACCUUUUGAGUCUGACAGCUGGUCUGUCUCAGGCUUUGGCUACCCCAGUUCAGCCAAGAGCUGCCAGCUCUGCCAAGAACCUGGUUGUCUUUGGUGAUUCUUACUCUACUGUUGGAUUUUGGCCCGGUGGCGAUUUGCCCACCCCUGGAAGCCCCCUGGGAAACCCUGCCUUGCCAGGACAGACAACCGCUAACGGACUGAACUGGGUCGGCCAUUUGACCAGCACUUUGAACACUUCCCAGGUCCUCACAUACGACUUUGCUGUGACCGGCGCGACUGUUUCCAAAAAGAUUGUCGAUACGUACGCACAAUUUUGCGUCGAUGAUCAAGUUACUCAGUAUAAGGAGUACGCCUCGAAGAAAAUAAGCACUGACGACACGCUUGUGGCCGUUUGGAUCGGCAUCAAUGACCUUGGUGAGCCUUUCUGGAAGAAGACCAGCCCACCGAUUGAGAAGACUCUCGAUCGCUAUUUUGAACUGCUGAAGACUUUGUCCGAAACCGGACUCAAGAAGUUUGCCCUGCUCACUGUUCCCCCGUUCUCCGACCAAAUCCCAGCAAUGAUUAGCCAGCCUGAAGCAGACCUCAAGAACCUCCGCUCGAGCAUUACUGCGUACAACAAGGCAUUGGCCGAACGCGCAACGGCAUUUGCUUCUAGUAACGCUGGUACAAAGGUUGUAGUGUUUGAUACUAAGCCUACUUUCGAUGAUGCCGUCAAGAACUUCAAAUCGUAUGGGGCUAAGGAUGCGACCUGUUUGGGAGGCAACGAUUGUCUGUGGACGGACACCUAUCACGCUGGUACUGCCAUUCACAAGGCGCUUGCUAAGAACUUUGUUAAGGGUAUUAGCAAUGUUUUCACUUUUUGA